AUGAAUAUUUAUUCUUCUUGUGAGUUUAAUAAAAAAAUAAUUCUUUGGAGGAAGUUAUUAGAUUUAAAGGAGUUGUUCAAUGAUGGUGAGUGGAUUAUAGGUGGUGAUUUUAAUGCUAUUAAAGAUCGAAAUGAAAGGAAGGGGAGGAUGGAGGUAACAAAUUUCAACGAAUUGAACUAUUUUGCGGAUUUCAUAGAGGAAAGUAUGUUGGUAGAUAUCCCUUGCAAAGGAAAAAAGUUCACUUGGUAUAGCGGAUAUGGGAAGUCGAGAAGUAGGAUUGAUAGAUUCCUUGUUUCGGACAAGGUGGUGAAUGAGUGGGGUGUUGUAGUUCAAUUUGUGGGUGAUAGAGAUAUUUCCGACUAUUGUCCUAUAUGGAUUGAAGUGGAUAACAACAAUUGGGGCCCUAAACCGUUCAAAUUCAAUAAUGAAUGGUUUUCUUUUAAAUCUUUUGUCCCUUUUGUGGAAAGGGAAUGGAAAGGAUUAAAAGUGGAAGGAAGAAUGGAUUAUGUGUUGAAAGAAAAGCUUCAACUCCUUAAAGGUAGGCUUAAAUGGUGGAACAAAGAAGUUUUUGGUAGGAUUGAUUUGGAAAUAGAGGAGGGAGUGAAGGAGAUUAAUUUGGGGGAUUCGAUGUUGGAUUUGGAAGCGAAAGAUAUUCAUCCCGACAUUAUAAAAAAGAGAAAGGAAUGUUCAAUCAUUUCUUUGAAACUGAUUCAGCUCUUAUUGCAUGGCCACAAUCCAACCAUCAUCAGACAGUACUUAAUCAAUAAAAGUGUGUUCAAUCAUAGAGAUGAGUCAUAG